AUGGUUGCAUGGGCCAUGCAAGAAGUGGACCUUAGUUGUGGCCAUGGCAUCAAUGGAGCUAGGGACGUUAAGCCAGUUCCAGUGGCGAAUCCAAAGGACCUCGACGGAAAAUUCACCAUCUCCGACUUUCAUAAGACGGUGAACAUUGGACCUUCAAUAUCCACUUCCUUGCCAAAGAAAAUUGCCGAUUCCAUCCCUUUCUCGUCAUCAAAACUCCCUCAAAUUCUGCAACUAUAUUCGAUCGCACCAGGCUCUUCGUUAGCCAAAUCAAUGGCGGACACGCUUCCAAAAUCUAAAGGUGAAACCAAGACCUGUGCUACUUCCUUUCAAUCCAUGGUGGAUUUUGUUAGUGGUGCUUUUAAAGUUGCCCCUCAAGAUACCAAGUUCAUUACCACCACCCGCCCCACCAUGUCUACAUCUUCAUUGAAAAAUUACAAGGUCUUGGAAUCUCCUAAAGAGAUUAAAUCUUCGAGGAAAGCAGCUUGUCACCCUAUGCUGUACCCUUACGCUGUGUUUUUCUGUCAAUACGAUGAGGAAUUGAGCGAGAGGGUUUUUAAGGUUUCGAUGGUGGGUAACGUUGUUUUUACACUACAGCUACCAUUCAAACUCAUCCUAAAGAUAAUAUCAAUGCGGCUGCUGUUUGUCAUAUGGACUCGGCUAGGGCUGCACUUCUUAACUUGA